AUGGUUACAAUACCGCACAGGCUCGUGCCCCGGACGGACACGUCUUCUUCCUCACGCGAGGCGCCUUAUAUCGCCCUCAUAAUACCCGCGGUCGUGUUCAUACUCCUGGGUCUCUGCAUUGCCCUCCGCAGCAUUAUGAAGCGUCGAGUUGCCAAGUAUGGCGAGCGCUCACUCGAAUUUUGGCCGUGGAGCUGGCUCAGUGCUUGUGUGGGCGGUACACGGCACCCUCGUACUCACUCCUGGGAGGUGAGCGUCUCGUCGCCUACAGGGCUCCCCCGCGAAAUGCGACAGACAGCAGCGCCGCCACCCCCACCAGCGCCUUUGCAACAAAAGCAACCAGGCCAUGAAGAGCGGUCAGGGCCAACCAGAAACAUAUGGGAGACGGUGGGCGCUGAUCACUAUCGGCCCAAGAACAAACCCAACAAUCGCUCCAGCAACUCCAGCAACUCCAGCAACUCCAGCAGCAGUUCCAGUACAGUUUCUGGUGACGAUGCUCUUGCUCCGCAACAAGGACCGUCAACGUCCACGAUCACCAAACCAGCGCCUGCGAGGAUAAAGAGGGAUGCAUCGUCAGAGCGUUCAGGUCGCAGCAGUCUCGAAGAGGGCGAUGAUAGCAGCAGUACGCGGAUACAAAAGUAUGGUAGGCAGCUGGCUGGGCCACCAGUGCUGCAACUUCCUGCUGAUUUUGGCCGCUCGGGAAGCAGCUGGGAGAUUGAUACUAAGAAACUGUAG